UGUGAUUGGUUGAGAGGGCGGGACUUCCGACAGCGCAGGUUGGACAUAAAGUGACAGACUUUAUCUCCUUAAAAUUGGAAGAAAAACCGAAGGACGACGCGUUACAAGUUUUAAAACAAUUGUAAUGAUUUUCAGACAUGGACGACAUAAACAUUCAUUAUCGCUUUCUGAACUGGAGGAGGCGAAUUCGAGAAAUUCGUGAAGUGCGAGCAGUGCGAUACCGGGAGCGGCUCAAAAGGAUGCUUAGAGACGGGGACAUACUCAGGUAUCAUGGGAAUUCAGAUGAAGUUGGCUGUUUUGUGGCAGCCAGGCCAUUGUCAAGAAGAAAUCGCUAUUUUGAAGUGACCAUUAUCGAUACAGGAGUGAGGGGAAUGAUUGCUGUUGGUUUGGUACCUCAGCUCUACAAGCUGGACCAUCAGCCCGGCUGGCUCCCGCACUCUGUGGCUUUUCAUGCUGAUGAUGGCAAGCUGUAUAAUGGCAACACUGUAGGACAGCAGUUUGGCCCAAAAUGCUGCAGAGGUGACAGAAUCGGCUGUGGAGUAUCUCUGGACUCUGAUGAUAGACAGCUAACUGUGUUUUUUACCAAAAAUGGCAAAGAGGUUGGCAGUGUGGAAAUCCCAGCAUCUCCUGAUGCUCUCUACCCGGCCGUGGGAAUGCACUCUUUGGGGGAAGAAGUGCAGCUGGACCUGAAUGCUGAAUGUGGGAUGGAGGAGGAUGAUGGACAAAUGAUUGUGGAUAGUCAUGAAGAGGACUGGGGCCGUCUCCAUGAUGUCAAAGUGACCGGCACGCUGCUGGAGUACAUGGGCAAAGGGAAGAGCAUCGUGGACGUGGGCUUGGCUCAGGCCCGUCGGCCUCUCAACACACGUUUCCACUACUAUGAACUGGAGAUCACAGAUGCUGGAGAGAAGUGUUACAUUGCCCUGGGGCUGGCACGCAGGGACUACCCCAAAAAUAGACAUCCAGGUUGGAGCAGAGGGUCUAUAGCCUAUCAUGCAGAUGAUGGAAAGUUGUUCCAGGGCAGUGGGGUUGGGGACGCGUUUGGCCCGCGCUGCUUUGAAGGGGACAUUAUGGGCUGCGGGAUCAUGUUUCCACGUGACUACAGCCUUGAUGGUGGAGAUGACGUAGACGACUGGGACCUUGAUGUGAUUCCCAAACCAAGUGAGGUUCAGAAUGAAUUGUAUGCAAGCAAUGAAGAUGAGGAGGAUGAGGGAGAAGAUUUGGAGGGGAAGAAGGUCACGGUGUUCUUUACAAGAAAUGGAAAGGUGGUGGGCCGGAGGGAAGUGGCCUUACCGGUAGGAGGCUUGCAUCCCACGAUUGGCAUGAUGAGCACUGGGGAGAAGGUCAGAGUGGACUUGCACCCCCUCAGUGGCUGAGCAGAGUAGUAGAAAACUGAGUGGAGAGAUCCAAGCAUGGGCGAAUGAUUGAGCUCUGGUACAUUUUUGGAAAUCAAUUAAUAAAUAAUACCUCCACAUCAGCAGGCUCCAAGAUGUUACUGGAGAAGUCACUCCACUGUAGAAGGUGACUGUGACUUCCUCAUGCUGUAAGAAUGAUCAAAAUAAUGUAUGUUAAUUACAUGCGUGCCUCAAAGAAGUGCUUUAUAAUUACCAUUAACCAUAGGUUCGUAUAGGUGAAACACAAUUUUAGACAAUUUCCAAAAAGGAUCUCACCAGAAUAAAGAAUGUAAAAAUCAAAUCAGAGCAGACUUCAGCAAACAAGUGGACCCUCUAAUCAGCAAUAGUAUAUAUGUCAGCAGAUAUGUAGCGCCACUCUCACAGGCUGCAGUGCAGCCACACUGUGCUCAUCACCAGAGGUCUGCUGUACUUCUUCAAUCAACGGUGUGUUACUGACACUCAGUGGUGAGAGUGAUAGUCUGGAAAAUAAUGCUCGGAAAGUCUCCAAAAAGGGAGUUAUUAUGGCAUGUUUUGUGCAAUGCAUUAGGAAUUAUGGGAUAAUUAAACGUGAGAGCAAUUUGUUGAAUCCAAACCAUUUAAUUGUUACCUUGGAUAAAGCAGUUUUAAAAGCAAAAUGCCAAAUUAAUGUUUGGGUUUUCAUAUCAUGUCUAGCUGUUUUUUAAUCAGGUAUGAUUUUAACCUAAUUGUAGACAAUGUACUUUCAUUAAACUUGCAGGUCAUAAUCAUUCCCAAGUCUUUGGAAGAAACAUUUGUGUCUAAAAGAUGCAUCACUUAAACCAAAAUCAUGCUAAAAGAAGCACCCCCUAACCGACUUUAAAUGUGUUUUUCCAGUAUAGAGAUAUUUGGUGUCCAACUGUAACUACUGUACAUACAUGUUCUCUGAGCACAUCCAAGCAUUUAUCUCACAGUUUGCCUUACACACACAAACAAACCAAGAAAAUGACUGAUCUCUAUAUAUUUAAGUUACCGAAAGUAAUGCCAAACUCAGUGGAGCCUUUAGAAACAAUUGAAAUUUGCAGAAAAAAAUACACAUUUGAAGUCAUGAUACUGAAUGUAUUUUUUGUAGAGCAUAAGAUAUUUUGGAUGAAAUGUCUCAAAAUGGAAACUCUCUUACUCAACUCUCUUGAGUAUUAAACGCUGGCAGGACUAAGCAUGGUAUAGUAAUCAAUGUCCUACUAGUUAAAUAUUUCAAUAUCUAACAAAAGAUCUGAAUGUUGUAAACGAAGCCAUACUGUAAUAUCUGCUGCUCUCAGGUAUAUUUGAAAAUCAAAAUGAAAUACCUUGUCUUUUCUAUGGUUAUUUUUUGGAUUUUGCGGUAAAUUGAAGUCAACCAUUGUUGCCAUAACCCUGUAAUGCAUUUUUAUGUUUUCUUUUUUUUUUUCAUUACCCCCCAUGGUAAUGUAUUGUUUUCUUUUUGUGACACCAAAUUUCACACACAUCUACCCUUGACAAAAGUUGUACAGACAAAGUAGCUGCUUGUGGUAUCAAUUCACACGUAUAACAAGUUGUUAAUUGUUCAUAGAAAUAAAACAAUAUGCUGUUAAUUGUAACUGCUACUUUUAGAGGAUUUACUUGCUGUAUAUUGUUGUUUUCAUUUUUCUUUUUUUAUAUUCUGGCAUGGACAAAUAUAAGAACUUCUUCCAGCUUCACAACCGGACUGCUUUUAAACAUUUGACCUAAUGAGUAAAGUGCCUGUGUGAAUAGGUCCAGUCUGGAUGUCAUUGAUCCAUGUAGGUGUUGGAAAUGUUCCACCUGGAUGUUGGUUCAGAUUGUGGAACCACAUUCACACUAAAAACCUUUUUCUACAUCUCAUCCUUUAGGUGCCACAUAUCUGAACUCUGCAUGUCACUGACAAGAAAAUGUAAAGACCGCUGUUCAUGUGAUGCUUAACUGCUGCUAAUUGUGAGCUGAGGAAACACUCUGCACAUCUUCAUAUCAGCCUGUACUGUAGACAGGGUGUACUCGUGUUUGUUUUUUUUACUUUUCACUGUCGUCCAGUUUUGUGUUAAUGUUCAUCUUUGUUCACAGGAGCUUGUAGUGGUCUUCUGCUGCUGUCGGCUGUCUGCCACACGCUUUUAAUAUUUAGCCCUACUUAAUCUUUUGUGUAAUUAAUCAUAAAUGACAUUUAACAUCAGUUUCUCUCGAUCCAGCCCUUGUGUACAUCAUGUCAUGUAUGUUUUUAUUUUAUCUGGACUCUUUUUACUUAAAGCAAUCAGGUAAACAUGCCAAAAAAUAAUUUAGACAAAUAAAGAAUAUUUACACCCUG